AUGGUUCCCAACCUGGGGGUCCCGACUCCUCCCAGCAUUGCCAAAAUCGACAUCCUCUGUGUGGGACCGGGUUUCCUCCAGAGGAAGGACUUCUUCUCCUCUUUUGUUGGAAAACUGAAGAGGCAGAGAGAGGUCAAAGACAUAAGAGCCAUUGAAGAGGCGUUCGUCCCUGUGGUCAAACUGAGCUUUGAAGGAAUUGAGAUAGACUUAGUGUUUGCCAGGGUGGCCAGGAAUAGAGUCCCAGAGGGAAUGGACCUGCUCCGAGAGGAUUGGUUGCAGGGGAUGGACAUCCAGUCCGUGAGGAGUCUGAACGGCUACAGAGUAACAGAGGAGAUCCUCAGGCUCGUGCCCAAUAUUCAGAACUUCAGACUUGCUCUGAGGACCAUAAAGCUCUGGGCCAAACGUGAGUUGAGAUCUCUCCUUGUAUUACUAAAUAGAUCAGAAAAUACUGCCAACAGACAUAAACCUCAUUUACUCAAUCAAUCACCAAGACACAGUAAAAGAGUAAACAUCAGUGGUGUAAAGUAACUAAGUAGAUUUACUCAAGCACUGUAAGUUGACUUGUUCUCCACUUGAGUAUUUAAUUGUUUGCUACUUUGUAAUUCUACUCCACUACAAUUCAGAGGAAAAUCGUGUAAUAUUCCUCCAAAACACUCAGUUAAUAUUUUUUGUAACUUUCCAUAAAAUCCCUCGGUCAGGGGACAUCAGUUUACUUUGUGACAGAAAAUGGGUCUGUUAAAGGAAAAGGUUGGGAACUAAUUUGACACGUAUGUAGGAUAGCACCUCCAGCCACUAGAGGGCGUUACAUACUCACUUA